AUGGAAGAUGUGAUAAAAACAACUCCAUAUUGUAUUUUCAAGAAUAAUCGCUUGAAUGUGAAUUCUUUGUGGAAUCAAAAAAACGAUCUCGCUUCAGGUUCAGCAGAUAAAAUAAUAAAUGAUAUGCCACCUCUAUUGAUUCCUCUAGAUCCACUUCUUUCUUCAGUGGUUCGUAUGGGCCGUUGUUCAGUUGAGGAAGAAAAAAAGAUGGAACAAUCCGUAUCAUAUUGUAUAUCUACAUGGAAUAAAGAGGAAAAGGCACGUUAUAUCGAUUCUACUCAUUUGUGGGUAACAGAUACUUCUUGUUCUUCUAGAAGUAUUUCAGGGAAAAGUCCACAUUCUCCUCAGCGGGAAAGUAGUAGAUAUGACUCGCCUAAUCGAAAAGAAAAGGAAGAAGUCCUUCCACUUGAGGAUGUUUUUCUUAAAACUAUCGUCACUGGGACUUUAUGGCAAACCUCCAGCAAGAGUACCAUCAGUACCAGCAAUAAAGGAGGUAAUAGUGAAGAUAAAGGAAAGAAACUUCUAAAUGUGGAGAAACUAGAUGUAGACCGACUACAGAUUGGAGCACGUGGUUUAUUUCGACUCUUGCGACAGCACUAUGAUGGGAAUGAAACUCCUAAUAAUGAUGAGUCUCCUAUGAAAACCCAUUUAUCACUUGGUUUGAAUAAUGAAGAAGAAGAAAAAGAGGCUAAACGUGUGUUCAAGAUAGUAACGCAGGCAAUGGGAAGACGAUGGGUGAAUAUGGAUCUCAAUGAAAACAGUGAAACUUUUCUUGUUGGUCUUAUUUGCCGAGAACAGAGUUCAACAUCAUCCAUUUCUAGUGGUAUUACAGUACGGCCUCUUCAUGCAAUGGAUUUUGUAGAAUCAUGUAAUGGUAGAGACGGUCUGGUAGGAGUUGAUUCUAUUAAUCUUGAGAAUGGGUUAUCAUUGAAUGUAAUGUUGUUGGAAGUGAAUUUUACGGAAGUUGAUGUGGAGGAAAUAAGUACAUCGCCUGUAUGGCAAACUCUUCUCUCUGUAGUGGAUUUUGUUUAUAUUGUUGGCCAUUCAACCGUUAUUAAACGUGUUUUGUAUAUGAUGGAUACUCUUUACCAAGCAACAACAACAACAACAACAAAGAAAGAAGUAAAAGGGAAAUACUCCACAGGAGAUGAUGAUGCUGAUCCAACACUAAUGUCUCCUGCAAUUUUCUAUAAUACUAGAGAAGAUUCUCUUAUCACUUCUGAGUAUUCUUCUUGUCGAGUACAACAGGUGUGUAGUUUACAAAUGUUACUUUAUAAUUUAAUCCAAAAUAAGGAUUAUCGUAAACUUUCCUCUUGUAAAAGUAUUUAUCAAUGGUCAUUAUUAUUACAACAUGUCUGGUUUACUACUAUAGAGACAUCUGAUAGUAAAAUUGUUUCCCCCAUACAAGAAAGGAUUCACAUAGUCGUUAAGGCUGCUGUACAGCUUUAUGUGGCUACUGCAGAUGUUCUCUUUGUGGCUAUACGAGCUAUGGAGCCUUUACCACCGUUGUUAGUACGUGGAAAUAGUAUUGGAACUAUUACCGCCGCACCACGGUUAUUUACAUUGGAUUCCGCUUUACAGAUUGCAUAUCGAGUAGCGUUAUUAGCGUAUAAAACCGGAAUAGCGCCUUUUAUCUUUAAUCACCGUCUUAUUGUUAUUCCACCACACUCAAUUGUACAGAAUGAGUAUUGGGAAUAUCGUUGUAUAGAUGCUAAAGAAGAAUUAAAUAUUGCUUGUCAAUUGGCAUCAGAAGAUAUAAAGAAACGUCUUCGUUCUUAUACACUACAAUGUGCCAAACGAGUAUUACAAGAGUCCAUAAUGGAAGCAAAAGGUAAAAAAACAUAUUUAUCGAUGGAAACUAUAGAAAUAGAAGAAAGUGGAAGUAGAGAAAGUGAAAAUGCUCUUGUUUCUACUAUACAAGAUCACCUGUGUGAAUUUGAGCAUUUCCUUAAUAAACCACUUAUUUCCCAUUAUAGUUUAGAUAAUGAAAAUGAAAAUGUGAAGAGUAACAACAAUAAAAACAAAAACAAAAACAACAACAGUUUUCGCAUGGUUGAAAGUCCUCUUAUUUCAUUAUGGGCUCAAGAAGCCAAAACUACCGCAGUCUCGGAAUAUGUACAAUCUUCGCUUCUUCCCUCUUUACUACGACUUGCGCAGGAGCAGGAAUUGAUAUUUAGCAUGAAAGAAUCUUCUGUUUCGGAAGCACGAGAAACGACAUUUCUUAUGGAAGAUCACUGUGCCCAAUUGGAGUAUAGAUGUAAACAAGCAGAGGCACAAGUGGAACACCAACGAAAUACUCUGCGAGAAGUGAAAAAACGUAAUGAGAUGCUUACAGCACAAUUACAAGAUGCCUGUAAAUGUUUGCAGAAGCUUGUAAUGACUUAUGUUGGAUAUGAAGAAUCACGUAAGAGUUAUAAUAGAAAAUUGGAUUUUCGAAAGAAACACAGCCAUAUGGAAAGUGAUACUAUUUCACCACCGCCAACAUCAUCAUCAUCUGCAUCUAAACAACAACAAGAAGAAGAAAAACAACAACAGACCAGAAAAGAGAAGAAGAAGAAAACAGGCGAUAUGGAUGCUCUUGUGACGACACCGCAGAAAUAUGAUGUUUUUCCUACGAAUAAUAAUAAUAAUAAUAAUAAUAAUAAUAAUAAUAAUAAUAAUAAUAAUAAUGCUGCUGCUGCUGCUAUCAAACCGGAGGUUGAAAAAAAGAAAAAGAUGGUAAAAUCAAUGUUGGAUAAUAUGGAGGAAACUUUAACAUUAACUUCAAAAGAUCAAGAUAAAUCAUCAUCAUUAUCAUCGUCCACUGGCCAUAUACAGCUUUUAAAGACCAUGUAUCGAGAUGCACAGUUGCAACUAGAGGCCUCUCAUAAUGUCCUUCUAUGUAUGUAUGAGGAUGCUUAUGAGAUGCUUAGAAAAAUUGAAAAUACCACUACGGAGUGUACGAUGGUGAGUCUUAAUGAUUCCCGUCAGUCGUUAUUCUCCGCUUCACUGCGAGCUGCACGAAGUACAACACCUACAACGUAUAAAGGACUUUCUGUGAAUGUAUCGAUGAGUGAUGCAACGAGUGAGGAUAAUAUGCCGGCCGUAAAGAGAAUUCCUACAUUGGAAAGAGCAGUAGCCACAGCUACAUAUGUUGCUAGCCAUAAUAGCAUAGAGCCGUCUACCCUUGAUGUUAAUAAUAAUAAUAAUAAUAAUAAUAUUGUUAUUAAUAAUGACAGACAUCUGAGUACUGAAGUUGGUGUUUCCACAAAAUCCCUAGUGCGUGAAUCCAAUAUCUUCACUCAGGCAUCACACAACAUCACCCCCACCAAAGCACCAGAAAAAGAAGAAAAACAAGAAAAACAACAACAACAGUCUUGCUCAGAGGAUACAACUAUGCAGCAGCGUCUAUACUCUUCUCCCAGAUGGACAACAACAACAACAACGCCUCCACUCUCUACACCAGAGAGAGGUAAAACUGCGGCCGUGGACGCGAUUGCAGAUCUUCAGCGUCAACGACAGGAAGCCAUGGAAGACGUUGCACGACUACAAGAGCGAUGUCAUGCAUUAGAGAAACAAGUAGACGAACAGAAUAUCAUGUUGCGUGAGGCACAGCUGCAAUUUGCGGUGAAGGAAGAGAAUUGGUGUACACAAGAACGAGAACUGAAAGACCAACUCAAUGUAGCGGUGGAGGAAGUAAAUCAAGUGGAUAAAAGACUGCGGCAGAGUCAAGAGAAGGUGACACAGUGGGUGCUCUCAUGGGCGGAGAUGCGAGCCUGUAUAGAGGCGGAAAGAAGAAAAGCAACCAUGAGGAGGAGAACGAAUGUAGCCCAUGAUGAGAAUAAUAAUAAUAAUAAUAAUAAUAAUAAUAAUAGUGAAAGGAAGGAUGUGAGUGAGGGUGCUUUCCAUCAAUUCCAUGUGGAAGAUCCGCAUGAGGCUCUUUCUCUUGGACGAAAUCAACUAUACUCCCUUAUCACAUGUGUGUAUGAUACCACCGUAGAAGAACAGCAGCGGCAACGGCAAAUGGAACUGGAUUCUGUGAGAGAAGAAGUCUGGAAAGAAGCGGAGGAAGUACAAAAACAAACAGUCUUCUCUACAACUGCAAAGGCCUCAGAAGCUGUGGCACGAAUGGUAACGGAAGUAAGCCGUCUAGAAGAGACUCUUGCAACUGCCGUAAAUGAGAAGAAAGGAUUACAAGUAAAGUGUGAAGAAGAAAUGGCUAAACUAAAAGAAGUUAUUUCACAUCGUCUUUACUCUGUAGAUACUACUUCUAUGUCAUUACUACAUAUUUAUGCUGAUGCCAUGAUGGAACGAUGUGGACUCAUACUUCAACAAUGUUGGGCAAUGGCUAAUAGUCUUAAUGAAGAGAACUGUCGUCUUUUAGGUGAACUAGAACUCUCACAAGAUGAGGCAAGACGUUGGGAAGAAGCUGCACAACAACAUGCAGAUGCAACCCAAAAAACAACAACAGAAUUAGUACGCAUGGCUCAACAAAUACAAGAACAGGAACAACGGGAAGAGAAGCAACAAACGAUAUUAAAGGAAGACGUUGGGCAACUCUCUUCUUUACUGUAUAAAUUCUUUACAGUGUAUGUAGUCUCAUUUAAUACAUGGGAACAGGCUUUGGUACAACGGUGUGAGUUACUCUUGCAGUAUUGGAAUCCAGUUUUAUUUUAUCAUCCUUCACCCUCAUCCUUACUAUCAAAUACACAAACAUCACCAUCUCGAGACCAAGCAGAAAAUGGAAUAAAAGUCAUUCAAGGAAAGCUAAAUACUGUAAAUGACCCUAAUGGAUAUGGUUAUGAAUUACAGCAGAAGAAACGACGUAUUGCAGAGUUAGAAGAAGCCCUUCGUCAGAAAAAAGUAAUCUGUGAUUCCCUUAAAGAAUCUGUGGCUCAUCUAAAUGCCCUUUUGCAGGCACAACGGGAACUCGGGAUGUCAGUACCACCACCAGCACCACUUCUUUCAGCGGAGUUUGGGGUGUUAUCGAGUACACCCACAGUAGGAGGAAAAGGAAAAGGAAGAGGUGCUGCUGCUGCUGCUGCUGAUGUGGCUACUCUGGUAAAUGGUUUUUACGCCUCACCCAAUCGUCUGCAGAGUAAUAAUAAUAAUAAUAAUAAUAAUAAUAAUAAUAAUAAUGGUAACUGCAACGGAGUUAAUACUACUAGUAUUGGCAGUGUUGACCGUAGCAGUAUGCGGAAGGAUUGUCAGACCCCUGGUUUGGAUGUAAUGUACACACCAACUGUAGAAAGAGGUCAAAGUGAUAAAAGUGAUAUUAAUGGUGGUGAUAAUGAUGAAUGUAAGGAUGCGGUAGAACCACACCCACUCGGUUGGUACCUGCAAACCUUGUCAGCUAUUGAAAGUACCUUGAUGCAGUGA